AUGGCGGAAUCCAAGGCUGAGCUCCUCCUGGAUCACGAUUAUUUUAAGAAAAAGGUGUACGAUCAGUGUCUCCUAUAUUAUGCCGACGCAAAAGCCGCAUUGCUCACGCAGAUUGAAGAGAAGGAACGGACUCAUCCUCUGUCGGGCUCACAACUAGCCAACCUCUCAAUUGGCGGGCAGACAUCAGCGCGACGUCAUCUUCUGGAGAUCACUCUUCCGCAAUUCUCGGGUGAUUUCUUAACGUGGAGGCCGUUCCACGACUUAUUCUCAUCGCUCGUUGGACGAAAUGCUGACAUUUCCAACGUCGAGAAAAUGCAUUAUCUCCGGACCAGCCUCAUCAGCCGCCUGGGCGAGGCGGCUCAACUCAUCUCUAACUUGCCAAUGUCUGAGGACUCAUUCGCCUCCGCUUGGGACUUACUUAUCAGUCGCUUUGAAAAUAAGCGGCUUCUCAUUUCGGUUCAGGUAGAUCGAUUAUUCCGCACCAAGACCAUCUCACAGCGGUCGGCCAAGGACCUCAACACUCUCCUCAACACCACAACGGAAGCGCUCAAUGCCUUGAAGUCUCUCGGAGCUCCUGUUCAACACUGGGAUCAUCUCUUGGUUCACCUCACUGUCCAGCGACUCGACCCAAGCACCCGAGAGGCAUGGGAAGUCAAGCUUGGCUCCACCACGGACCCCCCAUCAUACAAGGACAUUCGCACAUUUCUCACCGGCCGCGCCCGAGCCAUGGAGAGUAUGGAGUUCGGAACCUCGAGCUGCUCUCCAGCGGACAAACCUACAAGGACAUUCGCACAUUUCUCACUGGGCGCGCCCGAUCCAUGGAGAGUAUGGAGUUCGGAACCUCGAGCUCCUCUCCAGCGGACAAACCAGCUCCCCCGGCUCCUACGACAGACCAGCAAAACAGAUAUGUCUGCUCAUCUGCGGCGAAACAUCGUAAUCGACAAGCGCCUCUGCUUUAAUUGCUUGGGCAGGCAUAACGCAGUCGCCUGUCAGAAUUCGAAGAGGUGCAGGGAAUGCGGCAACAAGCAUCAUACCAUGAUCCACAUGGAUAGCCAAUCGCCCCCACGGUCGUCAACGACACUAGGCAAGGCGACCCCUUCAACCGCAGCUACACAGACGUCGGCGCCGGCCUCACCAUCUAAGAGCACCACAUCAACGGCUUCGGAGUGA